AUGUCCUCUACUCGAUUAUCCCACAUUCCACAACAGGUCCUUAACCUCUGCAACGAUCUACAAGAACUAGUCUUCAUCAAGGUUGCAAUUGGAAUCCACGACCGAACUAUGCUGACAAUUAACAACACGACCACAACACCGGCACAGUUAAAUCUCCACCGUGGAUCCUGGCUGCACGCCAAGUCGAAAGUGGCAUCCUUGCACCGGAGCAUCGUGGCGGAUUUCAAUCGCCUGCCGCGUCAUAUGAAACGCACAUUCGUGAGGAUGAACCAGUCGACUCUGUGCGAGCAUGGCUUUCGACCUUCUGAUGAUUGCUUGGAGAUUACUCGUCCUGGUAGUAGAAGGGUUGUUUUUGUGCUUUGA